GCGCGACGUCAAUACUGUAGAGUAAUUUAUUAAGAAGUAAAAAUUUUUAAGUAAAGAAAGCCCAAUUGUGUAGAGUACUAAGUUGGAAGAAUGGCAGCAUUACCACAGUUGGACGAGGAUAAAAUGAAGCUGGUGCAGGAUUUAGAAAUAGAAAUGAUGUCAGACAUGUAUAAUCGUAUGACAUCUGCAUGCCACAGAAAGUGUAUAGCACCAAAAUAUACCGAGGCUGAACUAGGCAAAGGAGAAUCAAUAUGUCUAGAUCGUUGCAUCGCUAAAUAUUUAGACGUUCACGAACGUAUCGGCAAGAAACUCACACAAAUUUCAAUGCAAGAAGCAAAAAUUGCGGAACAAUCAAAAACAAGUUAAAUCUAUUAUCAUUUAUUGUAUUUGAUAGGAUCUUGAACUUGUCUAUUAUAAGUUGUCUUUAAUCUUGCUUCAAUUACGACACAGUUUAUUAAGAUUU